CAGCUCGCCCGCACGCCCUCGGCGCUGCGUGGGUGACAGACGCACAGUGGAAGCGGUGCGAAGCUUUACGGCUGCGGCGCGCCGGAAAGUGCCUUUAGCUCUAUCUCCAGCUCUGAGGCCUCUGCUGCUGAAAGCAGGUAUGCUAUAUAUAAGUGGAUAUUUUCCAUAAAUGAAAAUGGCCAAUUCUUUAAGAGGAGAAGUACUGAAUCUUUAUAAAAAUCUGCUGUACCUUGGACGAGACUAUCCAAAAGGAGCAGACUAUUUUAAAAGGCGUCUGAAGAAUGUUUUCCUUAAAAACAAAGAUGUGAAGGACCCAGAGAAGAUCAGAGAACUGAUUGCACGGGGUGAAUUUGUAAUGAAAGAGCUAGAAGCCUUAUAUUUCCUUAGGAAAUACAGAGCUAUGAAACAGCGCUAUUAUUCAGAUACCAAAGACACUAACUGAUCAUUACUAUAAUUUCACUAAAACCAGUGCCAGCUGUUUAUGUAUAAAUAUAAAAAUAAUUCUAACUUAAAAUGGCAACAUAUACAUGACAUAUAAAAAAUACUUAAGCUGCCUUAACUGAGCUAAAACAGGGUUAACUUAUAUUUAUACUGUGUUUUAUCAGCAACCCUUAAUGCACAAUUUUAUACUAACACAACGUUGCCAACUACAAAUUAUAGAUUAAUGAGUACCUAAUUUCAAAUGAAAAAUAAUGUACUUAAAACAACUGUAACUUAAUAGAUUUUUGCCAAUUAUCCUUAGUCCAUUUUUCCAUUUAACUGACAAUGCUAUUUAAUUCACAUGAAACUAGGCAAAAUAAUGUCUUUUACAUUUAUUGUCUUUAAUUUUUGAAGGAAUACCUUAUUUUUUUCCCCAUCUGGUAUAUUAGCAAGGUUCACUACAAAACAAAUAGCACCUGGUCAUGAUUUUAGUGCAGUUAUAGAAAUAAUACAUAUGAAGAUUACUUCUGUACUUGAAAUACCUUGCCAGUGAUUGGCAUUACAUACAUACCUAUUCAAUAUCUCCAUUAUUUUGCUUCUAGCUUCCUUUGGACCUUAAAAUAAAUCACCUGUUGUGUAUCAAUUACCUUCUUUGAUAAAAAGUGAUGAAGUUA